CAAGCAGACUUGGUUCGUUGGAUAAAAGAAAAGUUUGGGUUAGAUAUUCAUGUCUCCACAAUUUCCCACACAUUGGCUCGCUCUUCUGAAGUUCUCUGUACUUCUACUAUCGUUACACCUGCUGUUAAACGCCAUCGCUCUAAGGCAAAGGAAAUUCACGCGAAACUUGCACCAGAAACGGAUAUCAGCUUUUCGUAUAGUUGGCUAACCUGUUUUAAGGAACAUCAUAAUAUAAGACUUCGUAGAAAGCAUGGUGAAGCUGGAUCUGUUGACCAGUCAACUGCUAGAAUGUCUCUACCGGGGAUUCAGCGAAUUAUUCAAAUGUACAAUCUUAAUAACGUUUUUAACUUUGAUGAAACUAGUUUAUUUUAUCG